AUGCUGCUUUGGAUUCUGUUGCUGGAGACGUCUCUUUGUUUUGCCGCUGGAAACAUUACAGGGGACGUUUGCAAAGAGAAGAUCUGUUCCUGCAACGAGAUAGAAGGGGACUUGCACGUAGACUGUGAGAAAAAGGGUUUUACAAGUCUGCAGCAUUUCACUGCCCCGACUUCCCAGUUUUACCAUUUAUUUCUGCAUGGAAAUUCCCUCACGCGACUUUUUCCUAAUGAGUUCGCUAACUUUUAUAAUGCUGUUAGUUUGCACAUGGAAAACAACGGCUUGCAUGAAAUUGUUCCCGGGGCUUUUCUGGGGUUGCAGCUGGUGAAGAGACUCCACAUCAACAACAACAAGAUUAAAUCUUUCCGAGAACAGACUUUCCUGGGGUUGGACGAUCUGGAAUAUCUCCAGGCUGAUUUUAAUUUAUUACGAGAUAUUGACCCGGGAGCAUUUCGGGACUUAAACAAACUGGAGGUACUCAUUUUAAAUGACAACCUCAUCAGCACCUUACCUGCCAACGUGUUCCAAUAUGUUCCCAUCACCCACCUCGACCUUCGGGGAAACAGACUUAAAACACUGCCUUAUGAGGAGGUCUUGGAGCAGAUCCCAGGCAUUGCUGAAAUCCUGUUAGAGGAUAACCCCUGGGACUGCACUUGUGAUCUGUUGUCUCUGAAGGAAUGGCUAGAGAACAUCCCCAAAAACGCACUUAUUGGACGCGUGGUCUGCGAAGCUCCCACUAGACUGCAGGGCAAGGAUCUUAAUGAGACCACAGAACAAGAUCUGUGUCCUUUGAAAAACCGAGUGGACUCUAGUCUCGCAGCACCCCCUGCCCAGGAGGAGACCUGUGCUCCUGGCCCUAUUCCAACUCCCUUUAAGAUUAACGGCCAAGAAGAUCCUGCCACUCCAGGGGCUGCUCCAAAUGGAGGUACAAAGAUUCCAGUCAACUGGCAAAUCAAAAUCAGACCUACUGCGGCGGUAUCUACGAUCAAUGCCAAAAACAAACCUCCGGGAAGAAGUAUGACCUGUCCGGAAAUAUGCAGCUGUGACCAGAUCCCAGAUUCGGGUCUAAAGGUGAAUUGCAAUGACCGAAACGUGAGCAGUUUGGCUGACUUGAAGCCCAAGCCCUCCAACGUAAAGGAGCUAUUUUUGAGAGACAACAAAAUCCACACUAUUAGAAAAUCUCACUUUCUGGAUUAUCGGAACCUUAAUCUAUUGGAUCUAGGAAACAAUAAUAUUGCAACUGUGGAGAACAACACCUUUAAGAACCUUUUGGACCUGAGAUGGCUAUAUAUGGAUAGCAACUAUCUGGACACCCUGUCCCGAGAGAAAUUCACCGGGUUGCUGAACCUUGAGUACCUGAAUGUGGAGUUUAAUGAGAUUCAGCUGAUCCUCCCGGGUACCUUCAAUGCUAUGCCCAAACUGAGGAUACUCAUUCUCAACAACAACUUGCUGAGAUCUCUGCCUGUCGACGUGUUUGCUGGGGUCUCCCUCUCUAAGCUAAGUCUCCACAAUAACUAUUUCUUGUACCUCCCAGUAGCAGGGGUAUUGGAUCAGUUAACUUCCAUAAUACAGAUAGAUCUGCAUGGCAACCCCUGGGAGUGCUCUUGCACAAUUGUGCCUUUCAAACAAUGGGCUGAGCGCCUGGGUCCCGAAGUGAUCAUGAGUGAUCUGAAGUGCGAAUCCCCGGAAGACUUUUUCAAAGCAGAUUUCAUGUUCCUCUCCAAUGACGUGAUGUGCCCCCAGCUGUAUGCAAAGAUCUCGCCUACGUUAACUUCACACAGCAAAAACAGCACUGGGUUGGCGGAGACAGGGACUCAUUCCAAUUCCUACCUAGAGACCAGCAGGGUCUCUAUUUCGGUGCUGGUCCCGGGACUCCUGCUGGUGUUUGUCACCUCUGCCUUCACAGUGGUUGGCAUGCUAGUGUUUAUCCUGAGGAACCGAAAGCGGUCAAAGAGAAGGGAUGCCAACUCAUCUGCAUCUGAAAUCAAUUCCUUACAGACAGUCUGUGAUUCUUCUUACUGGCACAACGGACCUUACAAUGCAGAUGGAACCCAUAGAGUUUAUGACUGUGGCUCUCACUCCCUAUCAGACUAA